AUGAGCUACGCCUAUCCCCGCAACACGGGCGCUUCCUCUCUUCCUUCCUUCAAUUCAAAUCCUUCAUCCGGAGGUCUGGUCAACCAGGCUUGUAAUCGGGUGAUACCCGCAGCCAAACAAUGGAUUGAGGAGGGUGUCGAUACGAUACUGUCGAGUAGACCAAGGACUAGGGACGAGGCCAGGAAUCAGGCGAAGGUGUUAUUGAAGAGCCUGUUUUCGAUCCCUAGUGCCGUUGUUCUACUCUGGGUCUUUACGCUGUGGUGGGGCGAAAGGACCGUCUUCCAAGAAAGUAUAGAUGCUUGUGCUUGGGAGACUUGGGAGACAUGGCCUCAAGGUGCAACGCCGCAUCGUAUCGCUUUCGUCGCUGAUCCCCAGCUUGUCGAUCCUCACACCUACCCUGGUCGCCCUUGGCCACUCUCAACGUUGACCGUGCAAUAUACUGAUCAAUACAUGCGACGGUCUUUUUCACAUAUUCAAAAGAAUUUGGUGCCUGAUUCAGUGUUGUUUCUCGGCGACCUUUUCGAUGGAGGAAGGGAAUGGGCUACGACGACGACCACCAGCCCAGAGCAGCGCUACAAGAAGAUCGAUGAUAAUUUCUGGAAGAAGGAAUAUGGGCGAUUCAUCAAAAUCUUCUUGGAUCCCUGGUUGAAUCAGGACUAUGAGCCGUUUGACAAUCGGGGUCGCAAAUUGAUUGCUAGCCUACCGGGAAACCACGACCUCGGAUUCGGGAAUGGGAUCCAGGAGCCUGUUCGCCAGCGAUUUCAAGCUUACUUUGGCGAAGGUAAUCGCGUGGAUAUUAUUGGGAACCACACAUUUGUAUCGGUGGAUACACCCUCAUUGAGCGCGCGAGACCAGCCGGAUCCUGAGACGGGUAGCUCUAGUUCCAGCAACAAAUUGGAUGAGCCCUGGCCACUUUGGAAAGACGCGGAUGAUUUCCUGAAUCAGGCGUCCUUGUACAAAGCGAAAGCCGAGAACGAGGAAUUGUUGGCGCUGCGAAAUCAGUCGGAGAAAACCAAGUUCGAGCAUCGCGUUGUGGAUGCAUUGGAGGAUGUUAUCAAAGAGAAUCCCAAGCCCGAGAGCGUCGGGUUUCCUACUAUUCUUCUGACGCAUGUGCCUCUGUUCCGCAAGCCUGCGACUCCGUGCGGACCGCUUCGAGAACGGUCACCACCUGCUGCGCCAGACCUCGAAGAAGACGAGCCGAACUCGCUGAGUAUCACUGGCGGUUAUCAGUAUCAGAAUGUGUUGACUCCGACCAUCUCAACGGAGUUGAUCAACAAGGCAGGCCCGAAUGUUGUACAAAUAUACUCUGGUGAUGACCAUGAUUACUGUGAAAUCUCGCACCGCGAGUUCAACGGCUCUCCUAAGGAGAUCACCGUCAAAAGUAUCUCAUGGGCCAUGGGAGUCCGCCAUCCAGGCUUCGUCCUCACCAGUCUUUGGAACCCCAUCGAUCCACAGACAGGCGAGUCCAUACAAAAAGGAUCUCAACCUACCGUUCAAAAUCACCUUUGCCUGCUGCCCGAUCAGCUAGGCAUCUUUAUUCACUACGCCGUGAUACUCGGCCUCAGCAUGCUCGUCCUCCUCAUGAGCUCAACCUACCACGUCGUCUUCGCCCCGAGACCCCUUCAAGUGGCUCCUAUCUCCCCCUCACCGAACGCCGCUCCCACUCCCCCCGGCAUCAGUACCAGGCCUCCGGCGGCCUCGCCAGCCGCGGUGGCCUUAAUGCGCCCCGCUACCCCAGCGCCAAGUCUCACCACGAUACUUAUCGGGGUCUCAGAUCGCGAUGAUCACGGGUCGCCGGGCCUGAAAGACAAGAACUUGUACCGGCCCGCCCGUCCGGCCGGCGUCCGACAACAUGCCCUAUUCAUCGGCCGGGAUUUGGUCCGGUCGAUUCGCGUUGUCGCGGGGGUCGUUCUGUCUGUGUACUUCCUUUUGAUCUGGCGCUGGUAG